AUGUCGUCGAAGGACAAGAAACCGUCGAAGCCAUCCGGUGGUCGGACUGGUGGUAUCCGUACACUUUCCGAUCUGAACCGAAGAUCAGGUCCUGAUUCCGACAGUGAUUCCGAUGGACCUCAAGAGUAUUACACCGGUGGUGAGAAAAGUGGUAUGCUUGUUCAGGAUCCAUCGAAAACCGAUGAUGUUGAUGAGAUAUUCAAUCAAGCAAGGCAACUAGGAGCAGUGGAAGGACCUCUUGAGCGUCCUUCGAGUUCUAGAAGCUUUACUGGAACCGGGAGAUUGCUUUCGGGAGAAAGUGUACCAUCCGCGCUACAGCAACCCGAGCCUGUGAUUCACAAUAUCGUUUUCUGGUCUAAUGGAUUCACUGUAGAUGAUGGACCUUUGAGGAAGUUGGAUGAUCCAGAGAACGCAUCUUUUCUUGAUAGUAUUCGUAAGUCUGAAUGCCCGAAAGAGCUUGAGCCUGCUGAUAAAAGAGCUCCGGUACAUGUUAAUCUUAUGAGAAGAGAUGAGAAGUGUCCUGAACGUGAGAAAUUCACGGUUGCAUUUCAAGGAGUUGGAAGGACACUAGGCGGUGCAAGUUCAUCAACGGCUCAAAGCCUAAGUAACCUAAUCGAUGUAGCAGCGGUUCCAUCACCGUCACUGAGUCUUGUAGUAGAUGAAACUCUUCCAUCCACAUCGAUCCAACUUAGACUCGCAGAUGGUACACGCAUGGUUGCUAAGUUCAACAACCAUCACACGGUCAACGACAUUCGUGCCUUUAUCGAAUUUUCUCGACCAGGGAAUCCAAUCAACUACAUCCUUCAGGUCAUGGGGUUCCCACCAAAGCCACUUACUGACCCUUUUCAGACCAUUGAUCAAGCUGGUCUCGCAAACUCUGUAGUCAUCCAAAAAUUCUAA